AUGCCGCUUCUGAGGUCAGUGUUGAAACUGAAACUGAAGACAGGUUCUCAAGCGGAAGUGGAGAUGGAUGUUCUCGCUGGUGUGUUGGGGAGAAUUAAUUUGUCUCAAGUAUUAGUUUGUCUUACAUGUGGCGAUGAAGGCUUUGAAGAGGCAAUAGUAUAUUGCAGCAAAUGUGGAGAUUAUGCAAUGCAUAGACAGAGGUUCUCAAGCGGAAGUGAAGAUGGAUGUUCUUGCUGGUGUGUUGGGGAGAAUAUCAUUGUUUAUGAAAUUAACAGCAACGACUAUAAUUUGAUAUGA